CAAUCAGGCGCCAGGGGGCGGGGCUCAUCUGGGGGAGUCAUUCGGCGCGCCCUGAUUCUGCGGGCAAAGCCGGGGUGGCUACGAGUAGCUGGCUGGCGUCGUCGAGGAAGAGGCUGCUUGCUCGCCGCUCGACUUCGUGGCUGGCCACCGGGGCAGGCGGGGGUGCCGCUGUUUCUUUUCCCUCUUGGCCAAGAAGCUCUUCAGCUCUUCUCUUCCUCCCGCCCCCAAGUUGGACUCUGAGGUCCUUCCCAGCGCGUGCAGGUCCCAGGCAGGGACCAAAGUGUGGUCUGAAGACCCAUGAUGUAGCAACCUUGCUGAAGCUAAGCAGGUUUGGGUCUGACAAAAGAGGAGAGUGAACAUGUCCCUGGCUUCCUGGUUCCGGUGGAAUGAGCCCCCAAAUAGAAUUUCCCAGAGGAGCCCAACAGAAAUGGUGAUGGAAACCCUUAUGAUGGAACUUGGCUGGCAAAUCAAGGAAGCUGAGAAACAGCAGCGGGAGAGAGAGAAUGAGUACCGCAAGAUCAAGACGGGUGUGGACUAUGGCUGGCUAGUUAGCCAUCCAAAGCACAGCUAUGAUAUCAGUCCUGGGGAGCGUCUGCAGCUGGAGGACAUGUGCUCCAAAAUACAUCCUUCCUACUGUGGGCCUGUCAUUAUUAGAUUCCGACAACUCAUUGCUGAAUAUGAACCAGAGGCCCCAGAGGUGUCUCGGCUAUUCCGCUCUGUCCUGCACGAUGCCAUGGAGAAGAUGAAAGAGGAAGAAGAGGCAAAGAAGCUUGCAAGGCAGUGGAACACAAAGCACAAAACCAGCCUAUCCCUCACAACAUUCAAAUCCCGAGCCAGGAUUUUACCAUUUAGCAGUAAUAUCAAGACCAUUUCAGAAGAUGUUGAGAGAGAUACUGAUCUGACCAGGAGAGUAUGGAGCAUGCCUGAAUUCAGGAGUAACAAGGACUACUGACUUUAUUUAUAACAUCAUAUUUUAGAGAUGGAUCAUUUUAUUUAUUAUCGUGUGUGUGUGUGUGUGUGUGUGUGUGUGGUUUUUGUCUUUUAUCCAGUUGUCCUUGGUUCCUCCCCCCCCCCCUUUUUUGGCAAUUCACAUGAACACUUCUUGGGCUUCUUUGAAUCUACGGAUCUUUCUCCCCAAUUAUUAUUAUUCCUAUUUUCCUGUUGUUGUUGUUGUUGUUGUUGUUGUUACUGCACAUAAUGAACGACUCAGGCUCUUACAAAGGCAAAUUGCCUCCUUUGUGUGCUCUGGGCUAGAUGGAGCUCUGUAUAGCUCAACCUGGUGAUUUUGUGCUCUCCAUAAUCUGAAAGAAAAGCCCAGGAAGUGGUUCUGAGACUCAGCCCUGUGUCGGUUGAUCCUCCUUAAGGAAACCUCUCUUUGUGUCCAUAGUAACUGCAGCUGAUGGCGCAUCUGCUCCAGCCAGAAAUUGGCUAGGUAUCCAAAUAUGGUUGACCAGUGUCAAACGGAAAUUUAAUUUUAGCAACCAGUGGGAAAAUCCUUUAGUAUAUACCACACACAAAUGGAUGGCUUAAGCUUUCAGAAAGCCUCUGCUAGCACAGAGAAGAGUGUCCCUCUUUCAAAAUGGUCCCCAGCUGUGUGUUGUGCCCAUCAGUAUCAUGGGUUGGAGGGAAGGGGUGGCUACCCCAGUAUACACUGCCCACUCCUCCUAAAAUCCCAUUGGUCAGCUGAUGCAAAGGAACAUAUUUGUGCUUCUGUGGAGUAUGAGGUGAGAAUUCUCACUGGCUACCAGAAACAAUAGUUGGCUAUCCAUCCUAGCCUCAAUUUGGGUACCCCUGAAUUGUCAAAUUACAAUAUGGUUGAUGACUAUUCCAACAUGUUUGGGGGUUUUUCUUCUCAGUUGUUAUGACUGUAUGCACCCUGGCAUAGAAUUAGUUACUCGGGAAGAGACUUAGAAAUUGUCUCUAUUCAUGUGGGGGACAGAAAGAUACGUUAAUCCAGUAUAGUGUGGUGCAGCUGACCACCAGGCUGUGCUGUGGAAGCCAGGUACAAGGCCCUUUCUUGUUUCUAGUCUCUGCUGUUGGCUCUUAGGCUAAGAGGAGAAGGAGCAAUGUCAUCUUGUGGUGUUUCCAUGGUGCAACUCUAAAGCCAUUGCUGUCACAUUUCCCUUCCCUGGCUUGAAAUGAAUGGGAGCUUGGGCUGGCAAACUUCCUGCUGGAUUGUGCUUUUCUUCUCUGUUGGGAGAACUGCAUUUGUGUUUCUCAGCAUCAGUCACUAAGAUGGACAAAAGCUGUCCAGUCUGUCUAUUAACAGAACACAAAAUGCAAUCUUAACUAGAAUUCAGAAUGAGGUUAUUUUAAUCCAGUUGACUUUUCUUUGCUUACAAUAAAGCCAAAGAGCCACUCUUAAAAUGGCCCCUUGGUUUGUAACAGGAUCUCUGCAUUUGCAUUUAUACCAUAUGAGCCAUCCAAAGUUAAGCACUUUUCCUGCACUGUUGCUAUCAAUAGAGAUGUAUGCACAGGCUUAUAUCUCCAUUGAAAUCAAUGGGGCUUUAACCAGCUUAGCUUUUGCACAAGUACUAAUGGUGAGAGUCGGCAGCACCCUAUGAUGUAGUAGGUGAGUUUCAGUCAAACUGCUUAAAUGUCUGGCCAACAUACACAGCAGUAAGUCAGCGGGAGAAGGGCUGCAUGCAUGGCGGAAGGGGAGUGAUUUUUCAUAGCUUUCCCCUUGCUUCAAAAGACCUUGCAUGAAUAUGCUCCUGAGGGCUAUCUUAACUAAGGCUGGGUGACUUGCUCUUGCUUGUGCAACUUAACAUCCAGACUGGCCCUGAAUAAUGAAUAGGGACCUCAAGGUUAAGGAGCACUUAAUAAUUACAAGAGAGCACUAUAAAGGGUUUUUCAAGGCUGCUGUUAAUAUUUCUCCUGGAGUGAUGUUGCUACCAUAAGGCCAUAAUAAUGUAAGCUGCAAAACAGAGCUCUGUGGACUGAAGAAUAUCUCAACUUAUGCCACAUACAAACAUUUCUCUCUCAAGACUCCAGCAAACCCCAUUAGUUCAAAAUAAACUUACUCAGGGCUUCCACCAAUCAUCCGGUUUGACUUGGACUGUUUAAACUCAGGAUCAGAGAAAAAAAUCAAUACUAUUUUGACAAUCAUACAAUUACUAUGCCAUUUUUCUAUGUUUAUGAAUAUUUAUCUGUUGAAGGCAUUGACCUACCACCUAUCCUAAGUUAAAAGUGUGUGUGUAUCUGGAGGAGAAAAUGAAGUUGCAUAAAAUAUGAAUACACACUGGAUAUGAGUUCCCCAACCUAGGCUGCUUCUCUCUUGCAUAAUCCUCAGGGCACCCCAGUCUUUAAAUUGCUCUUGGGAAAGUAGAAGCGUUACCCCUAUCUGAAUUCUCUCAGGUUACUGGUGGUCAAUAUUUGAUAAAACACUUUUUAAAGAAAGAGGCAAACGUUUAUUGUGGUGAAACUGGUUUCCCCUUUUGCUGUCUAGUGCUGUAUGUGAAUGUGUGUGCGCGUGUGUAUGUCUCUCUGUGUUAGGCCUAGAUCAUAGUGAAAACUGACAGAAAAGCAUGACAACUAUUUUCUAAGUCAUAUGACCAACUUUUGUAUCCGAAUGAACCAUUUAUUAAAUUCUGAAAUACAUUCUUUAACUGUC